UGAAAAACACAGAGUAAUCUACCUACAACAGUGACAGUCACAGAGAAAGAUUUUGAGGUAAAAUGCCAGCGUCUGGCGUGUGUUUAAACAUUGUAUCGGAGCGUAACCAUAAAGAUGGACAGGGGUCGCCCAGCAAUCCUGAGAUGUUUCUGGGUCAAGACUUCCACAGGUUGAAGACGUUUUGCCUGAGGGAACGACUCAGAUUCAUAGAUAACUUGUUCCCACCGGAGAAAAAAUCCAUUGGUUUGGGGCCUCUGCCGUAUGCUGACCUGGCCAGAGUGGUGUGGAAAAGACCACAGGAUCUGGUGUCAAAUCCUAUAUACAUUGUUGAAGGAACUUCAAGGUUUGAUUUUAUCCAGGGUAAUUUAGGUAACUGCUGGUUUUUGGCAUCGGUCGGAGCUCUUACAUUUCAAAGAAGGAUUAUGACGCAGAUUAUCCAUGAAGAGCAAAAUUUCUCUGUGGAUUAUGCAGGAAUAUUUCACUUUAGGUUCUGGAGAUUUGGAAAAUGGGUUGAUGUUGUUAUUGACGACAAGCUACCGACGAUUGACGGACGACUCGUCUUUGUUCAAUCCAAAACACCAAAUGAAUUCUGGCCUGCUUUGCUAGAGAAAGCUUACGCUAAAGUCUGUGGCUCUUAUGCAGAUAUGAAUGCAGGAAACAUCUCGGAAGCUCUGAUGGACUUCACCGGUGGACCGCACAUGACGUUCAAACUAAGUGAAGCAACGGAGAAUCUGUGGGAACUUAUGAGACGAGCCAGCCAAUCAGAAUCCUUGAUGGGAUGUGGUACUCCUGGAGGGCCAGUGCUGCAAAAUACAGUGUUACGCAACGGCCUUGUAGAAAUGCACGCAUACGCGGUCACAGGAGUUGCUGAGGUUGUAUGUCAGGGCCGUCCAGUGAAGCUGGUGAGAAUCUUAAACCCUUGGGGACGUGGAGAAUGGAACGGGGACUGGAGCGAUAAUUCCCCUUUGUGGAAACUUGCACGAUCUGAGGACCAAAGAUACAACACUGUGCUCGACAACGGAGAAUUCUGGAUGUCUAUGGAGGAUUUCUGCAAGAAUUAUGAAAAUGUGGAUAUAUGCUGUACGGAUAUAAAUGUUCUUGCUGGAUCUCAGUCUUCCUCCUGGAAAACUGAAGUGCACAAUGGCCAGUGGGUGAUCGGAACUACAGCUGGGGGUUGCUUAAAUAAUCCAGACAGUUUUUCCAAAAAUCCCCAGUAUCAUGUGAUACUUCAGAAGACGGCUGAAGAUCCCAGAGAGGAAAACACUCCCAAUAUGCUGGUGUCUCUCACACAGAAAUCUAACAAGAGAAACAGACACCUAGCAACCAAUUUGCAUAUUGGCUUCGUCAUUUAUGAGGUCCCAGCUCAUUUGAAGGACCAUAAAGGAAAAUUCUCUGCGUCAUUCUUCAAAUCCACCCCUCCUGUUGGAAAAGUCAAAAACUUCCUCAAUGCUCGAGAAAUCAUGGAGUUUUUCAGACUCAAAGCGGGCGAAUACCUCAUCGUCCCGUCAACUUUCGACCAGAAUGAAGCUUCAUCUUUCAUUCUGAUGAUUUAUUCAAAGACAAAAGCCAUCGUUCAAGACAGUUCUGGAUAUGGCAUCACAAGAACAAAGAUCAUUCCUAGGGAUAAUGAUGACUCAUUCCCGCUCUUUCUACAAUAUGCAGAUCAGUAUGGCGAGGUGGAUGCAGAGCGUCUUCAAAGACUUCUGAAUGAUAACCUUCACGCAGGACUUUCUCAGAAACCUAAAGGAUUUAGCUUGGAUUUGUGUAAGAGUAUGGUGGCGCUGAUGGAUCUCACUGUCACUGGAAGACUCUGUGAAUUUGAAUGUCUUCGUCUUUGGAAACGAGUUGAAAUGCUGAAGGACAUUUUCUAUCAUAAGGACAUCUCUCAUACUGGAACUCUCUCUCUGAACGAACUCCAGAAUGCUCUCCAAGCUGCAGGGUUUGUAUUGAGUGACAGUAUGCUGAAUCUCAUGGCUCUACGAUACGGUGACUCUAGUGGACAGAUUAAUCUAGAGAACUUUGUUUUCCUCAUUCUACGCAUGGAAUGCAUGGACAAAACAUUCAAGAGGAUCGCUGCUGGAGGGCAAGGCAUGAUGCUUCAAGAAAAUGAGUGGAUGCAUCUCACCAUGUACUCAUGAGUCGGAUGUGACAUCAAACAUACUAAGAAUCUGGAUCCAGGACAAACUUUUGAGACCUCAUAUCUGUCCGAAGAUUUAAAUGCAACUGGCCUCAUACUUGAAACAUUUUGCAUUCACCCACAAAUGAACAACUUGUACCCGCCAUUAUGUUGCUCCAAUCCCGUAAUACUUUUUUUUUUUAUUCUGUGGAGCACAAAAGGAGAUGUUAGGCAGAAUGUUAGGGACUGACAGCCUCAGUCACCAUUCACUUUCAUUGUAUGGACAAAUGAUGCAAUGAAAAUGAAUGGUGACGAAGGUUGUCAUUCUGCCUAACAUCUUUUGUGGUCCAUGGAUAAAAAAAAAGAAAUAAAAAAAAAAUCAUAUAGAUUCAGAACAACAUGAAGGUGAAUAAAUGAUGACAGAAUUUUCAUUUACAAGGUUGCUGCAGAGUUUUUAAAAUCAAAUUUAAGAUUUUAAGACCUUUUUCAAGACCUGAACAAAUAAAAUGAAUACAGUAUCCCCAUACCAAAACAAACCAACACAAUCUCAAAAUAAAUCAUGUAACACAGACUCUUAAAGAGGCAGGAGCACACAUUCAGCAUGGCCUUAACAUUGCUUAUCAGUAAAACAGGGUAGGAUAUAUGUAUGUUUAAAAUACUCAAGACAAAUUUACCACAUUUAUAUCACAUUAAAAUUGGUUUAUGUACCAUUAUACAAAUAGACGCAAAUUAGAGGUUGACCAAUAUUGUGCUCUGUGCUUGAAGUGGGCGGGUACUCACUGGUACGCAGUACCUGCAAUUCUCUCAUUUAGUCAACAGAGUACCGGCAGUUUUUCUUGCGUACCACCACUUCUCAGAGUCUCCCGGUACAAUGUAAUGUACUUAUUUAAUGUAAGUCAGUGAUUUGAUGAGGCCUGCCAAUCACUUUUAUCUGACCUUCCAAAUGAUUUUGAUAAAAUUGCAGAAAAUAUCCAAACGCUCUCUGCACAAAACUCAGCGGUGUGUUUAACAACACUCAACGUGCAACAGUAGCAGCGGCGGUCAUCAAGCAUUCCGUGGUCCAGUUCCAGUUAGCUUCUUAUUCUCUGUUAUUGUCUGUAGUGCUCGUAAAAAGAUUAUGUGACGUGUCACUGAACUUGCCUAUGCAUACUGUAUAUCCUGACUGUGUUUGGUUCUACAUACAGAUAUGUGUCAGCGUUCACAAUCCUGAACAUCAUCAUAUCAGUUUGUUCACCAUUUCUAAUGAUGAUCUGCACAAGUAUCUGGCUCUUGUGUGCAAUAUCACAGUAUGUGCGUUUUUGUUUUACAGUUAUUUUGUGUAAAAAGACAAUUCUACAUUAGAUUGCCCUUGUUGUCUUAUGUGGGCUGAUAUUGAACAAAAACAGUCUCGCAAGAUCAUUUACCAAAAAAUAAAAAAUGUAAUUUAAUACUAAUAAGGAGAGUACCUGCCCUUUUUUUCAAGCACUGAUUGUGCUGAUUCAAUUAUGUGUUGAAAGAGAGCCAGUUAAUCUGCCAGUAGUUUUUAAAAUUGGUAGCCUGUAUUAAAUGUUCUUAGUCUUUUCUUCCUGUGAUGGGGAGGGCCAGACAGAGGCUACAAGAGUCCAAAUUUAAUUAAAUUCCAGAUACACUUUAAAGGCACUUUAACUUGAAAAAUACACCAGGGACUCUUAUUUUGAAAUGUAUGUGCUUCACUGCUUCCAGCUGAUCAGUCAAACAGAUAAGGGAAAUAAACUGUAUACUC